AUGAAUGAGCCUCGAACGCCUACUAAAGCGAAUGAGUAUAUAAGUUCUACUAAUGUAGAAAUAGUAGACCAUACAAAAGCAGAUGAUUUUUGUACUUUAUUAUGGUCAAAUGUUAAAGAACCUCAAGGAUGGACCAGUCUUGCGUAUUUUAUUUUUUUAUCACCAAUUUUUUCGACGUUUUGUGCAAUAUGGAUUUGGGCUACGUUUUUUUUAGCAAUACCCACUUUAAUUCUUCCACCCCUUGGAUUUUUUUGGUGUAUAUGGACCGCUUGGAGUUGGAGAGCGCUAGGAAGAGUAGAAAUACUAACAUCACAAAUAUGUACAAAACCUGGACAAUGGUGCAAAGUUCAUCCAGAUAAUAAAUUACCACCGAUACUUAGAGUGUCAGAAGAAAAAGUUGGAAGGAUAAGAUUUGCUGUCUUAUUAUGUACAAAUAAGCAUACUUGGCAAUGUUUUAUUUAUUUUGCAAUAAUUAAACCUGUUGCGAUGAUUAUAUUUCUUAUUUCCGCAGUUCUUCUAGUUAUAUGUGCACUUCCACCAUUUACAUUACUAGGACUGCCAUUUAUGUGCAUUGGUUGUAAGAGAAUGGGUGAAUUACAAGUUCGUCUUACUAGAAGUUUCUUAGCUUGA